AUGGAGAAACCUUCGCCGCAUCUGUCAACUCCCCCGGCGUUUUUGAUGGGGAACGUGUCGGGGAACGGCACGCUGGAGCCGGAGUCCACGGGCAUGGCCGGGGGCAGCGCCAUACUCAUCCCGGUCAUCUACCUGACGGUGUGCGCCGUGGGCCUGGGCGGCAACACCCUGGUCAUUCAUGUGGUCCUGCACCAGGCCAAGAUGGAAUCGGUCACCAACAUCUACAUCCUCAACCUGGCCAUCGCUGACGAGCUCUUCAUGCUUGGCCUCCCCUUCCUCGCCGUCCAGAACGCCCUGUCCUACUGGCCCUUCGGCUCGCUCAUGUGCCGGUUGGUGAUGACCGUGGAUGGCAUCAACCAGUUCACCAGCAUCUUCUGCCUGACCGUGAUGAGCAUUGACCGCUACCUGGCCGUGGUCCACCCGGUCAAGUCCAUCAGGUGGCGCAGGCCUCAGGUGGCCAAGGCCGUCAACGUCAUGGUGUGGGCCGUGUCCUUCCUGGUGGUCCUCCCUGUCAUCAUCUUCUCCAACGUGAAGGCCGGCAUGCACACCUGCAACAUCAACUGGCCCGAGCCCAUCAUGGUCUGGUCAACAGCCUUCAUCAUCUACACCGCCACCCUGGGCUUCUUCGGACCCCUGCUGGUCAUCUGCCUCUGCUACCUCCUCAUCGUGAUCAAGGUGAAGUCCUCGGGCAGGAAGGUCCGAGCCACGUCCACCAAGCGCAAGAAGUCGGAGCGCAGGGUCACCUGGAUGGUGGUCAUCGUGGUGGCAGUCUUUGUCUUCUGCUGGCUCCCCUUCUACGUCAUGAACAUGGUCAACCUGGUGUCGGCCAUGCCCCCCGAGCCCUCCCUGGUGGGCCUCUACUUCUUCGUGGUCUUGCUCUCCUACGCCAACAGCUGCGCCAACCCCUUCAUCUACACUUUCCUCUCCGACAACUUCAAGCAGGGUUUCCGCAGGGCCCUGUGCCGGGCCACCCGGCGGGUCGACAGCAAGGCAGCGGGCAGCAAGGCCACGGGCAGCAGCUACGUGGAGAUGUGCCCGAUGAACACCCUCCCCCAGGGCAGCUUGCUAGCCGGGGCCUCGGAGCAGAGGACGCCCGGGGAGGUCCUCCCCAACGCCGCCAAAAACCGGGCGUUGGAAAUCAGCGACUUGUAGCCCAUUGGGACCGCCCCCCCCCCCCCACCCCACCCCCAGCGGUUGAACACGUCUAGAUCUAACACGUCUGAAGAAGGGCCCCCGGCACCAGACGUCGCCCGUUUUCUCCGGAGAUGCUUCCUGACCCGCUGAGUUACUGCAGGGCUUUACAUCCAUCUUAGAUGUGUUCAACACAAGGGCAGCUCUAGGAGGCACCACUCCCCCUCCCUGGGACACUGAGGCA